AUGGCUUGCGAGUGGAGCAAAGCCAUGGGAGAAGAGGGCUUAUGUGAGGAAGUGAUUGAGGCUAUAUUGAAAAUGGGUUUCAAACGCAAAGCCUCAUUUGCGCAUGCCUUUGUCGACUCGAACGUCUUCGAAGAUUGGCUUACACGUUUCAAACUGAAGUUGGUUUCGUUCAAAGACCUGGACGAUGCGGAAUGGUUGACAUCGCCCACAUGUGGAGACCUCCGCGCGUUUUGGAAGAAGAGUUCGGGUGAAGAAUUGCCGGCUCCUGCCAGUGCCAAGCAUUUGCCAUUGUUGGGCUCCUUGAGUCUACCAGCCAAAUUUGGUGCUGCGGAUCGCGAAGCCUUGCUGAAAGUGUUUGAAAGCAACUACCCAGGAGCCGCGCUCACUCCCGAGACAACCCCUUGUUUGCCCUAUCUGCAGACUAUCCAGAGCCAAUGUCAACAGAAAUCUUGGGCUUGGGUCGCAUGGCGCCGGAUCCUUUCCGAAGCUGCGCUUUGGGAUGUCCAAAGCCGCAAAGCAGGCACAAAAAAGAGGGAUCUGACGGAGGUCUUGGCUGAGGCAGCAGGUCUGUGUGGUGAAGAAUGGGACUUGGACAUGGGGGGGUCGCCCCAUCGCAUUUUUCAAAUUCUUUGCACUCGUGCACAUGCUUACGCCCUUUGUGGUGGCGGUCAUUUGCAAAAUUGGCUGACGUACACUCACAAAUUCAUCAGUCAUUACUCUCGCAAAUAUGGCGCGGGCUGGAGAGCGCCAAACCCAACUGAAGCUGAGGAUGCCGACCGGGAGGUGUUGACUGAAGUCUUCAAGCAGGUGCUUCGUGAUGGAGUGUCCCUGGACACCGCCCUUGAUUGCGUGGUUCGUGAAGAUUUCUUUCGUCACUAUCUUGGCCCGAGGCCCAGAUUGGUGCAGAAAGCGUUGCCCGGCUUGGAAGAGGAUGUUGUGGUCAAAAAGCCAAAGCGUCGGUUGCCGCAGCCUCUUACUGAUGGCAAGAAGCAACGGGACAACCAGGGCAAGGGCAAGCUAACUGGUGAGCCAAAGCAGCGAGCUCAAUCUCAGUGUUUUGCCUUCAAGAAAACUGGCAAAUGUGCCUUUGGUGCUGACUGCAAAUUCCAACACGCCGAGUGA